UCCAAGCCUAAAACACAGGAAAAACCCCAUUUCGACCUUCUUCGUAAUGCUUCUCGGGAAUUCGCCGUUUCUGCCUUCCUGGACUCUGCAAUCUUCUCAGGGCUCAGAAGGAAAAGUUGCUGUGGAUUGAAAGUUUAAGCCUUUCAGGGCUUUAAUUUCUUAUACAUUUAUCAUCUUAUUCACGUCUUAUUUCUAAGUGUUGUGGUUUGAAAGAUGACCACUUCAAUGUCUCCUUCCUUUACGCAUUUUGAUACUAGAUCUAUGGGGGUACUAAGGGGCAUAUCAAGGGAGAAUCAUUUGAGGAGAAUUAGUUGCACAAAAAUACCUGAUGAGAAGAGUGGAAAUAGGGUUCCAAGUGCCAGCCAAAAGUCUGCGAUGCUGCGUUUGAGAUGUUCUGCAAACUCCCAAAGUGUCAGUCCAUAUCAGAACAAAGACCCUUUUCUUAAUCUACAUCCUGAGGUUUCAAUGCUUAGAGGUGAAGAGAACAACACAAUUACGAAUCCAAGGAAGGAUAGUUCCAGGGAAAGUGUCAUUGAGAGCUUGGGAGACACAUCUGCUCCAGGUAAUUAUAAUGAAGCCAAGAUCAAAGUUAUUGGCGUUGGAGGUGGUGGGUCAAAUGCUGUGAAUCGCAUGAUAGCAAGCGAAAUGAAGGGUGUGGAAUUCUGGAUUGUCAAUACUGAUGUUCAAGCCAUGAGAAUGUCACCUGUCUUUCCUGAGCAUCGGUUACAGAUUGGUCAGGAGUUAACUAGGGGUCUUGGUGCUGGCGGGAACCCAGAGAUUGGCAUGAAUGCUGCCAAAGAAAGCACAGAGGCCAUAGAAGAGGCACUCUAUGGUGCUGAUAUGGUUUUUGUUACAGCUGGAAUGGGUGGAGGGACUGGAACUGGUGGAGCUCCUGUCAUUGCUGGGGUAGCAAAGUCAAUGGGUAUUUUGACUGUCGGUAUUGUCACAACCCCAUUUUCUUUUGAGGGAAGAAGGAGAGCUGUCCAAGCGCAGGAAGGAAUUGCUGCUCUCAGAGACAAAGUUGACACCCUGAUUGUUAUUCCAAAUGACAAGUUAUUGACUGCAGUCAACCAGUCUACUCCAGUAACUGAAGCAUUUAAUCUGGCAGAUGAUAUUCUUCGGCAAGGUGUCCGUGGAAUCUCUGAUAUUAUUACGGUAGGGAAAACAAGGGCAAGAGAUGCUGCAUUAAAUGCUAUCCAAUCACCUUUGUUAGAUAUUGGUAUAGAAAGAGCUACCGGCAUUGUGUGGAAUAUUACCGGUGGAAGUGACUUAACUUUGUAUGAGGUCAAUGCUGCUGCUGAGGUUAUUUAUGACCUUGUGGAUCCGACAGCAAAUUUGAUAUUUGGAGCAGUGAUAGAUCCAUCACUUAGUGGUCAAGUGAGUAUAACUCUUAUUGCCACGGGAUUCAAACGCCAAGAAGAAAGUGAAGGGAGACCCCUGCAGGCAAGUCAGCUAGCACAAGGAGAUGCCAUUGGAAUUGGUCGCCGACCUACCAGUUUCAGUGAAGGUGGUUCCGUGGAAAUCCCUGAGUUCCUCAAGAAGAAAGGACGCUCACGCUACCCAAGAGCUUGAAUAAUUUUUCUUUUCUCUCAACCCAAGGAGUUAUGCCUCAUCUUGAGGUAUCAGCAUGUAUGCCUGUCUAAAAUAUAUAUAGCCAUGUUAGUUGUAGGUUCUAAAUAGCAUAUUUCCUUAGCAAGCCACAACAAAGUACCUUAUAUCCUUCCCAUUUCAAUAAGUUUAGGAAUACACUCCAUGUUAGAGCUUGUUUUUGCAGUAUGUUAAUACAAUAAACCUCACAUUACCUUGUACAGAGCGAGAAUUUCGUGAAGUGAAAAUGAUAUUUUUGUUGUUUGUUUCAUUCAAUGUUAAGGAUAUUGUGUUCAUGUCAGAUCUCAUUUGUUUGCCCCUAACACAUAUUUUGA